AAACCAUUUUUAGACAAAAAUGUCUGAAAUGGCAGGGGAAACCUACAUUUUAAAAUACAAUACUUUUGGUCGUGUUUUAAUAACUUGGUGAUGUGAAUGUAAAUGCACAAAAAAGCAGUGUGUAUUGUUGACUAGAUAACUUUUUUUUUUUCAAAUGGUUUGCUGCUUGACAUUUAUUUUAUUGUUUUAAUUAAAUCAGAUGUCAGUUUUCUUUCAGGCAGAACGCAGCUUUAGACCUGUGUUUCCGUGUCUACAAGUUAUUGGCUCUCUGCAGCAGCAACAUGCUAAAUAAAACAAAACGUGAGUUACCAUACCCAAUGCAAUCCUUCCUGUUUACAAUGUGGACAGCAGUUUGGAGCAGUAGUGUAAGUUUGGCAGUAGCUCUACUUCACCCAAAUUGUUCCAGUAAGGAACAGCUUAUAUAAAUUUGUGCAAAAUUAAGUUGUUUUGGAUAAAAGCAUCAGACAAAUAAAUUGAAUCUGGUCAUCUAUAAAAGUUAUGAUGUAAUGAUCAAUGUUUUGGUGACAUUGUCUGCUAGGGUUUCUCAUCACAUCAUAGUGAAUUUUGCCUAGGUACUUGUACCUAAGCAAAAACAGAUACUGUAUGUACUUCACUGCGUUCAAUACUGUCUACCUUUUUGGAAAUUCUUCACAGAUUGUGUGUUUGGAACAGAAAGGCAAACAAGUAAGGACAAGUUUGCAAGCCUUAAGAUUCUGAUUCUACACCUGUUCUCUCCUUAUUUUCAUCUAAAGUUUGGAAAUAUGACUGGAGUUGUCUUCAGAUAAUUUCAUAAUUCUGGAACUUUUGACUUACAUGGUAAAUUUAAGGCAAUUCAGUUUUAUCUUAAACACAAUACAAAAUGUGUCAACACCUCAAUAUUAAAAUGCAUUCAAGAAUUGGGAAUGGUGUUUAUUCGUUUUAUGUUUUGCUUCAAACACCACCUAGACAGUGUCCUAAAAUAGAAUGUUUCCCAUUAUACCAUACCUGAAAAAGUGUCUAUGUGGACAUUUUGCCAUCAACUAGACUACCCCGAUGCUUGAUCUUGUCAUAACUUAAGCAAUACACAAGACUGUGUGGAAAAAUUGAAUGCUUUAUUUGAAAACCUUCAGGUAACAGCUGGAUUGUUUUUUGUGGUCCAGUAGGAUACACUCUUCCAUCUGGACUACAAAAUCUAAACUCAUGCCUCAGCAAGGCAUAGGUUUCAGAUGGAAUGCUAAAAAAUAGAUCUUGUCCAUAAUGUAGAUGAGAGGUCAUAUGAUAUUCUUUUGAAUGAACAGGGGUGUGUCAUAAUGUUAAAUCAAGAAAUGGUUUAUCUGGCCAACAUAACAUAAUGGUCUUUACCAAUAUAUAAAUCUGCUUUCUUUUGCAAAUUCCAGGUUUCUCUUGCAAACAAAUAUGUAAAUCUCAAGUAAACUUAAAACAAAAAAAAAAACAAAAGCUUUAAUUCAUUGGUAACACAAUUUGGUGACGUUAACUUUAUUACAUCUUGCAAUGACGUUGCAGGUGGUAUGAGACCACCAGCAGCAAGCAUCAAACUUGACGGACUGGUUUAGACGUCUUUGUCUUGCCAGUAAGCAGAAAGCUAAGCUUGCUGGGAACGUUUGUUAGAACUGGUUUAAACUGGUUUUGUUUUUCACCGAGGCUGAGAAAUACACAGAGAGACGUUUGCCCAUGGCUAUUUCUGAAUUAAGGUCAAAACAGCACGUUAGGAAGUCGUAUUUUUGUACAAUUUAAUUUGUGAAAAAUAAAAACGCGAACAUAUUUUCUGCACUAUAAUACAAACCUGUGGAACUGAGAAGUCCAUCUUAGCUUUAGAAAUAAUAAUAUCACAAACCAUUUAAUCGCGUCUUUUACUUAAAACUAUGAAGUAUGAUUUCCCUUUAACAUUGCUGUCAAUUACAUAAAAUACCGUUUCAUUACACGAAAUGUAUCGAUAACAAACAAAACUAAGCGAUUUCAUGGGAAUAAGAAUAUUUAUAAUAUUUAUUACUUUCUUGAAAAAAAACAAUUUCUUAAAAAAAGUUUUUCAUGCAAAAUAUUAAACUUUCUGUACUUCACUCUUCACCGGUUUGCUUUGCUUUUCGUGCGUUGAUUAUUCGAGCCUGGUGGCGUCUGGAGAAAAAAAAGCUUCUCAUUUCCUGAAGUGAGGGGAGACCAGGCCGGAGUAGCUGAGCGCCGAGGCCUUUCCCCUUCCCCCUUUGUGUGUGUUUAUAUAUAUUUUUUAUACUUAUAUAGAGGGAAAACUGUUAACCAUAUCUAAAGUGCAGGACCAAAGAAGAAAUAAUGUAUGCUUUUGUGAGGUUUCUGGAAGACGAUGUGUGCUACGCUUUGCCGGUUUCCAGUGUAAAAGAUUUUAGACCUCUGCACAAGACAGAUUUUGAUAAUCAGAAGGUGUAUUUGGUGCACAGAACAGAAGGGAAUGGUACAGGCCAGCCUGGCAAAGCACAGAUACUGGCACUUGCAGAAAACAUAGAAGAGUUUGAACACAGUAUUAUGCAGAAAAAGAUGAAAAUUCCCAAACUGUCCACAAAUGCUCUAGAUAAUUCAGUGGAGAAUCACUUUGGAGAGGAACUCCUCCCCCUCAAACACAAAAAGGCACAAGAGCAUGGGCGCUCCAAUUCCAGUUCCUCCAAGAGCCUGGCAGCGGUAGUGGCCCGACUGGAGCGGAAUGCAGUCAGCUCCUGCAUGGAAGGCGAGGAAGACUAUGAAGACAGCCUUGUGGAGGACUCGGGGGCCGAGGAGGCUGUGGUGCCACGGGUGCUGUAUGAAGAGCUGGUGCACAGCUACCGGCAACAGGAGGAAGAGAUGCGGCGCCUCCAGCAGGAACUGGAGCGCACGCGCAGGCAGCUGGUACAGCAGGCCAAGAAGCUGAAGGAGUAUGGGAGCCUGCUGACCGAGGUCAAGGAGCUCAGAGACUUCAACAGGAGGCUGCAGGACGUUUUGCUCAUGAGGCUGGGAAGUGAGCCUAUGCAUGACAAUGGCACUCAGACAAUCAAGACAGAAGUGGUGGAACCCAUUAUUGAGCCACAAGAAGUCUGCCGAGAAGAAGCAAACACCAGCUCUAGCCAUUCACCCUCUCCCAGAACAGUAUACACUUUCAAUGACGGGAAGGUACACUUGGGUGGUGGUAUUUGGGUAGAGGAGGAGAAAUGGCACCAGCUACAACGCACACAAGGAGAUUCCAAGUUCACCAAAAAUCUAGCUGUCAUGAUAUGGGGCACAGAGACUCUGAAGAACAGGAGUGUCACUGGAGUAGCAACCAAGAAGAAGAAAGAUGCCCUACCUAAGCCCCCUCUGUCUCCAAGCAAACUCAAAAUAGUCAGAGAAUGUCUGUAUGACAGAGUAUCGCAAGAAACAGCAGACAGUGCAGAGAUCACACAAAGGUUGUCCAAAGUGAACAAAUACAUCUGUGAAAAGAUAAUGGAUAUCAACAAAUCUAUCAAGAACGAGGAGCGGCGAGAAUCCAAGCUACUCAUUAGACAGACAGUCAAAAUGGAAAAUUUCAACUACGAUGAUCUCAUGUAAUACUGGAGACCCGAGAUGGCCUUGGAUGCCAUGUUCAAUGUUUAAUACCUCAAGUGGCAGAAUCAAAGUUUUCCUUCGUCCUUCUUCUGUCAGGCAUACCAUUAAGAAUAAAAUAAGGUAUAGUGACAACUUCUAACAAGACAUGCCAUCAGAACUUUUUGAAGCGCUUUUUUAAGGGUUGGCUGGCUGUCUGCGGUAGAAGAAAAUGCUGCAGAUUGAAUACUGAACUGUGACCGCAUUUCCAACUGUGAUCAUCCUGCAGGUCUGGUUUUAAGCGGAAAAGCCUUUUGUUUUGUUUCUUUUUAUUCCUCCUUUUUACUGUUAUUGGAUUCUAAUCACUUGUUAAGCUAUCAUUGUGGGGGGAUUUUAGUGUAUAUAAUUUAUAUUCUCAGUUGUCUUUUUUGAUAGAUGGAAGAUUUUAGUUUUAGUCCAGAUUACACCGUUCAUGCAGAGCUCCUCUUAUGUAAACUAAUGGGUACAGUUAGAAUUUCGUCUUUGCAAGGCUGUACAUUAGUUUUAUUACCAACUCCCCCAUUGGCUUUAAGCUGUCAGUUGUCUAUUUUUUACAUAUGCAUUUGUUUCACAUUUGCAAGAAAUAGCCCACCUCUAUUUUUUCUGUUUACAACAGGUGAAAAAUACUAAAAAUACGUUGAUCUAUCACUAUUGGUACGCAGUAUAUAGAGAUUUGCACCAGUGGGUUAAGGACUUUCUCCUGUACCUUAAAGGAAGGCUUUUUUGUUAACAACAGUUAUUAUACAUGCCUUUUCUCCAAAUUUUAAGAUUUUCUUCUCGGCCAGAUGGGUUUCUUGUUUAGGAAAAUCGAAACAGUCUGAGCUUCAGCAUGAGAACUCUCUCAGGGUUUGACUCCCUUCUACUGCAGUGCGCUAUAUACUGGGGGGGGCAGCUAGUUACCAAUUAUUUUAUAGUUGUACCAAAGUUUUACUUAACUGGGUUUUAUGGAGUUGUACAGUGAACUGUCUUGCUUAUUCAUUCAUAUUCCCCUUUCCAUAAAAAAUAUUCAGUGAAGACGUAACUAUUUGGAUAAUUUAAACUGGAAAACAAAAGUAAGUUUUUUCACCUCACCAUGAAUACAGAUCUUGACACUGCUUUGUCUAUAUUGUACAACAGUGCUGUAAAUAAAGUGGUGGACAAAAAAUCAUAAUUAAGUCAGAGAUAAUAAAGGAACUGUGUAGAGCACAGUGUGUUUCCUAUGUUCAGUUUGAUUUUUUUUUAUUAGAAUUGCAAGACAUUAGAAUAACCCAGUUAAGCACACAAAGCUUUUGUUUGAAACUUUGGUUCAACUGUCUCUUUAAUUUAAAAAUCAACAAAUUAUAUUCUUUAACUAAAGUAAAGAAAAUUAGAAAGGUAUCUACCAUGUGUGAAUUUAAUAACUGAAGUUUCCAAACUGUGACAGAACAUUAUAAUCUUCUACAUGCCCUCUUAUGAACAUCUGUGGAAUUCAUUUCUAUACCUUACAUUUUUAAAUUUCUUAAGUCUGUACCUUUCAUAUGCAUUUUUCAUCCAUCUGUCCUUCCAAAAUUUCUGAUCCCUGAAAAGGUAAGUACCUAAGGCACAAAGAUUAGUUAAUUCUGAUACAAUAGACUAGGAAACAAUUAUACAGAUGUUAUGAAUGAACUUCAUGGCAAAGAUGGUCAGAGAUGGGGAAAGCAAUGCUGAAUGCCUCUGUGCUUUUAUAGAAUACCAAAGGGAAUUACUUGGUGAUAAAUGGGUUAUUAGCAAAUUCACCCAUUUAGAUUUGCUUACAGCCAAGACCUUCCCUGAACUAUCCCCUUUUCAUAUUGCCAACUUUUCAUUAAUUCAAUUAUUUCUGUAUCCCUCGUUGUAAUAACUCUACACUUGUUUGCCUGUCAGUAUCCACACAUAUUUUAAAAUGGAUAUUGUUAAUUUCUGUAGUUUCACUUUGUUAACUUUUUGAUUUCUGUUAAAUUUGUUUGCCAUUUUUAUUUAAUAUUUUUAACUAUAAAUGGUAAUUUACCUUGAAAAUACAGGAAGCAUUGUAAUUAAUGCAAUUAGUUAAUCAGACCUCAGUUAGCUACCAUUCAGUCUAGAUAUUGUUUAUAUUAACAAUUAAUUUGAGCAGGCUAUUUUAAAUUGAUAGAAAUAAAUAUUGCCAGCCCUUUGACUAUUAUACAAUUACAAUACUUACUGUGUUAAAACAUAGUAUUUAUGGUAGAGAAAAUCAGCCAUUUCCAAAAAACUGGCAUACACACAGGCAUUUAAAGUUGCUGGAACACAAGAAUAGGAAAUAUAAAUAAUACAGCAUAUACAUAUUGUAUAAAUUUAUCAUGUACAAUGAAUUUGUAAUAGUUUGCAUAUCUAAAAGCUUUUGUAGGUUUGAUGAAGUGACUAAACUUCAAUUUCCUCUCUGAUAACGUCACUGUAUACACUCAGUCUGACACUAAGUCUUAAGCAUUCUCAUCUGUAAUCUAUUGGGAUACUUGAGAGAAUAAGUGAAAAGUGAGUUCCGUAUUCCUUACUGAUUGAUGUGGCUGCCAACCCCAGCAUCUGCUGAAUCCUGUUGCUUUGUUUGGGUUGAUCAGUAAAUAUGACCAACACUGAAUCAUUUGUUGCCAGACGAUUCCUUUCGGUAUUCUACAGUUUGUCUGACUGACCUUUUCGAUUUGCGGGUAUCUCUAGUUAUUUAUGUGGCAGAAUUAAAGCCAAAGCAUCAGAUGUGAAUGUGAAACAUUUGUAGGAAAGCAGAUUGUGAAUUUUCCAGGUUAACUUGCACAAUAAGAGCAUCUGUAGAGGUCAAGGUCUGGGGUCAUUUACCCCUGUACCUACCACAACAGCAGUAGAUCGUACUGAAUCUUCAGUUAUUUAUUAUGUGACUGGAAAGCUGUUGAGUCCCAAAAGUGAUACCUUCUUUGUAAUAUGUCAAGAAAGCCUAAAGGUUUAUAGUGGUUAUGAGUGCACUUAGAUGCUCUCUUUACUCUUGAGAGUUCCUAGAAAUCAUGUCUGUAUUGUCUUGCCUGAUGCCAAAAAGGGGGUCAAGUGUAAAUGAUUCAAGCGCAGUUUGAUAAUUUUAUAUACUUCACAGCAACAAGGGGGGUGCUAGAUAAAACGUAAAAAUCUUUGAUUUACGAUCCACAUAGUUUAUAGGGAUUUUAUAAAUCUGAAACUGUUCUGCCGUUUUCUGUGGAACAGUCCUUAUGUUAUUUUUAACAUACCAAACUGGCAUAUGUACUCACUGUCAGAGCUCACAUUGCCUGCAUUAGGGUCUUUUUUGCCUCAUCAUUGACCAGCACCUAUUGAACUGCAGUUCUGUACAAGACAAAAUCAGCUGUUUGUGCCAUUUGCCUUUCUGCUUUUGAAAAUUAGUGCAAGUUUUCAUUUCCAUUGCUUAGAAAUACCCUUCUAGGGCUGAGCUAGGGUGUGUUUUGGUCCCUGGCUGCUCACUUACUGUCUUCAUACUGAACAUUUAUCUCUUCUCAAACUAGAAGAUUCAUUAAAAGUUUUGUGGUAGGAUUAGAGGUAAGGUACCUGAAAUUCUCAUUUCAAGAACAUAUGUUCUCAUAACAAGAAUGUCAUAUGUAUAAAGUUACCUCAAUUAAACAGUAAUUAAGACAUAAACCAUUCAGAUGUGCAAGAUAAUAAUUAGCCUGCCUUGAUUAUUUAAUACAACACAUCAAAAGUACUACAUAUGAAUUUAGUUUCUGAAUGCAUUUUUACUGCCAGUAAAUGUAAACAUUUUAGAUUGCAUAUGACUGCAUAUGUUUUUUGAACACAGAAAAUUGAAAAUAUAAUAGAUAAUUUCCUUUGUUCUAAAACACAAAUUUGUCAUAGCAUAGGAGCAUCACUACCUUAAAUUAGGCCUGCACAUUUAUUAUCCGAGUAUCUCAGGAUGGCAGUGCUAACAUUAGCUACAUUAUGACAUGAAUAGAAAUCAUUACUAAGAGAGAUGGAACAAUUUUUUCAUUAUUUACUGCUUACUCAUCAUUUAUUUCUUCAAGAAUGAUUCAGAUCUGCAGUUUAUGUUGAAUGUUUUUUUUUUAUAUAUAUAAUAAUGGAAAUCUCAUUGGAUGUCCAUAAAACAACUUAACAGAUUGAAUAACAAGAAAUGGUGGACAGCUUUGGGCACUAAAAAACAUGUAUUAUUAGUUGAUAUGGUUGAGAAUCCUUUUCUAUCGUUACUAAUUUAAUUUUAUUACUUGAAUUACUUUACUUUGUGUUUUAGGGAGGGAUGCUUUAGUAAAUAUGCAGAAAGGCACUUGUAUUAAAAGGUUUGUUUUUUAUUUAUUAUUGGAAUAUUAAGAAUUAAAGUUUGUUUAAAUAGACUACUAUUACCCUCCCUUGCCAUGGAAUUAAAGUAACCUAAUACAGCAUAUCCAGGACAUUUGCACAUUUUCUAAUUUUAUCAUUCCUUACUCUUAUUUUUUGCCUUUAUGUAAUGUACAUAUAAUCAACCAUUAGUAACCAAAUGUCGCAAGAUUUGAAUACAUAUCAGAUUUUCAAUUAACGAUAUUGGAAAUGUCUGAAACUUUAAUUUCAUGUUAUGGAAUCCACAGUUCUGAAUUUUGUUGCCAAAAUCUGGAUCUUUUGGGCUAUAUGGUAUUACAGCUGACUAAUUAUAUUCAUAUUUCGUCUUUCAUUAACCUGCGCAGUGUGUGAUAUACCUUUUAGUCCUAUGCCAGUGCUGAGUGGGGAAGCAGGCAAAUGCUAUACCAAAGUUGUCCCCUCACAAAGUGGCAAGACCAUCUUUCCAUAUGGCAGUGUAAGCCCUGACGGUGGUUUAUAGAUAAAAGUUGUUUGUUUUUCUCUUAUCUUUCUGGCUAGUUCCUUUUCCUGCUGCUGACCUGUUCAAACUAUAUAUACAGUGAAACCUAUGAUUCCAUUGGUGGCGAAAGUCUUCAUGAAGUGCUGUGUGUUCAUGUUGUCUUUUCAGGUCAAUUUUGUUGGAGGGGGGUGGUAGGGGUGGACGAGAUUUUUUUUUUCUUCCCCAGAUCCAGCGUGUUUGCAGCUUUGGACGAUUUUUUGUCAUAACGGCGUAGGAGUAAAGCCCAAUCUGUGAAUGCUACCCUUUUCCUGUCCUGCUGAAGUGAAAGCUGUGGAAGAGCCGCGUGGCUGGAAAAACACGCAAGCCUGCAGCCUUCUCAGAUCAGGACCAGAGGGUAGAACUGAGCCAGGCAGACUUAUGGCACUUACCUGAAGUGACAUUCCUUUGGAUUCCUCAUUUGCAAACUGUUCUGGCAAAUGCUUGUUGCACUUCACUGUGUGACUAAUUUUGCCUUUUUGCAUCAUUUUUGGUGUGCUGCAGCCUACAAUCCUGGUACUCUUGUUUAAUGUACAGAUCAACAGAAUAAAUUCUG